AUGCUAAUUGGAUCCGGUCCACCGGGUAUACAACCGCCGUUAUCGUUCCAUGCCGAACAGUGGUAUCCAAGCAACCUGCCUACAGUCCUGCCACCUUGGAAAGAAGCGGGCUUGGACAUCGACACAUUUCGGACCUCAACAAUGUCACCAGUGACGAUUUCUGUGACAUCGUCACCAGUGGCAGCAGCUUCAACAGCUUCUGACGAUUCAGAUGCCCUGCUCUUUACUGCUGUUAAUCUCACUUCUGUUGAGGCUAACGAAACCACUUUUGCGACAAGCACAGUGAGCGCUUUAGAGAGCACGAUGGUCACAGCAGUAAAUCUCUUAGGAGAUGCAUUUAACAGCAGCGAAAUUCCAAGCGAAUUCACAGAAGCAGUAACAAUAUUCAACAGCAGUGAAAUUUCAAGUGAUAUCAAUGGAGAUGGCAGGAUGUCCACCAAUAGUAGCGAAAUUCUCACUGCGAACAUAGAUGUUGCCAGAAAAUCUAGCAGUAGCGAAAAUUCAGAGGAGAACUCCGGUGGUAUCCCGAGAGAUGCCAGUGCGUCCAGAAGCGGGGAACUUUCUACAGAGAGUGCAGGAAACGUCGGGUUAUCCAAUGCUAACGAAAAUACAAGUGAAAACGCUGGACGUGACAGAACUUCAACAAGUAGCGACAUUUUUGAUGAUAGCACAAGGGAAUCGAGGAUGUCCAGUAGCACAGAAAUUUCCACUGAGAGGCUAGAAGAUGCCAAAACAUCCAACAGUAGCGAAAUCUCCAGUGAUGUUGGACGAGAGCUUACUAUUGAUGAGAUUGAUAAAUUAUUAAUUUUGAGCGCCCAAGCCCCUACAAUGCCUGAAGCAUUAUCCAACCUUACGGUGGAAGGCAAUGAAAGUGAUAUAAAUCUGACGUCAUCAACUUUGGCUGCGCUGGAUCCGGACAUUUCGAAUAAUACUACUGAGGAACAAGUCAGUGUGGAAUCUAGUUCCACUAUCGCCGUAGCAGAUGAUGACAAUGUACCACACAAUAGCAGUGCUGAAGAGUCUGGUGAUAUCUUGAAUAAGAUUCCAGUCUGCUCGGAUCUCUUCUUCGUACUCGAUUCUAGUGGCAAUGUCUUGGAACAGUAUGACAAGCAGAAACUUUACAUCGGCAACAUUCUCAUGCAGCUCUCGGACAAGGAUCGACGCUAUGGUCUCAUGACGUACGCUGGUAGGACACGACAGCGCAUCAAUAUACCUCCACAACUUAAUAUUUCUAAGGAUCUUUUCGUGAAGAAGCUAUUGCGAGCACGAUUUCUUUCUGGUAUAACGGCUACAGGUGCCGCAUUGAGGGUCGCAUCCGAACUGCAAUUCGUUCGCAGGACCGACAUCGUUGUGGUCACCGAUGGAUUUUCAUUUGACUCGGUCAACGUAGACGCACAGAGACUCAGGGAACGAUCGAGAGUCAGAGUUCUUGUUACUGGCGAUUACACUCCCGUAGUAAGGGAAGUACUGAAUAGUAUAGCAGGUGACCCACUAAACGUUUUCUUGGGCGGCCGAUCAACAGACCAGCUGGUGGAUCUCCUCAAUUGUUGA